GGUAAAUCUGCUUGAAACUUGGAGUAGCGCAACAGUUGGCAGUCCCGGAAACACAUCACAAAACUGAACUUUGCGUGGUUGGCUUUCCUGACAUCCAGUUCCACCUUCCGUUCUUUCCACAGCAGGCCAAAAUGGGUAUUUCCCGGGACAGCUGGCACAAGAGGCGUGCCACCGGAGGUAAGAGGAAACCCAUCCGUAAGAAGAGGAAGUACGAGCUCGGCCGCCCCGCCGCCAACACCAAGCUUGGUGCUCGCCGUAUCCACUCAGUCCGCACUCGUGGAGGCAACAAGAAAUACCGUGCUCUGCGUCUGGACCAAGGAAACUUCUCUUGGGGAUCUGAAUGCUGCACCCGCAAGACCCGUAUCAUCGAUGUUGUUUAUAAUGCCUCCAACAACGAGUUGGUGAGGACAAAGACCCUUGUCAAGAACGCCAUUGUUGUGAUUGAUGCCACUCCCUUCAGGCAGUGGUAUGAAGCCCACUAUGCUCUUCCCCUUGGCCGCAAGAAGGGCGCUAAGCUGACUGAAGCUGAUGAGGCUCUAUUCAAUGGAAAGAAGUCAAAGAAGGUUGAGCAGAAGUACAAGGGCAGACAAAGGACAGCCAAGGUAGAGCAAGCAGUAGAAGAACAGUUCGCCACCUCCCGAGUUCUUGCGUGCCUCUCGAGUCGACCUGGCCAGUGCGGCAGAGCCGAUGGUUACAUUCUUGAAGGCAAGGAGCUAGAGUUCUACAUGAGAAAGAUCAAGGCCAAGAAGGGCAAAUAAAUAUUAAGUUUUGGCAUUUCU